CCAACCUUGGUGUUCACAGUGCAGCUUUUGCCUUUGGUUGUACAGAUUUUUCUCUGUGAGGUGCUGAAUAUCCAGUAGCCCCUGCACAAUCUCAUAGACUGUCCCAUCGAUGAGUGCUAGAGCCAGGUCCCCCAGCGUGUUGUAGGAUAGCCGCUGCUGGAAGGAGCUAACCAUUGAGAAAAACAAAACAUACGAAAGUCAUCUCGAUUUUGUUUUCAACAGCUAAAACGGAUAACCUCUGAACCCUGUACAGGAAGUCUACCUUGGAGCUUCCAUUCACUCAGAAGAGGACCCCAAGUGGCUGGCUGUCAAGAUGCCUGUCUGUAAUGGCGCGUGCAGUACCCCAAUAUGUCCACCAGGUGGCGCAUUGUAUCACAGAAGGUGACUCUCCUGAGGACAGACACAUGCCAGUUUCUGCGAUCAUGUUUCAGAAUGGACAUUUCUGACGGUUCAUCCAUCUGACUGGUUUAAAAGAAGAAGCUGGACAACGUCAGAACACAGUCCAGCUGCCCACACUGUGGCCGACAGUGAUCAACCUGCUGGACUGACUGACUGACUGACUGGUGCUUCUGCAUGCACGCCUGAGUCGCGCGCUACUGGUGGGCUGUUCGCCGUCACGCGCCGAAGGUGCCAUGAAAUGAAGAAAACUCACUUGCAGAGGGGAAGAGCACUAUUUAUAAGAGGGCGUAUGGCAACAUAGAAGAAAUUGGAUUAAUAGCUUACUCGACUAAAAAUGGCCAAAAACACAUCUCUUUAUUUUAGAAUUGUCGAGGGCAGGAACCUCCCGGCCAAAGACGUCUCCGGAACCAGUGAUCCAUACUGCAUUGUAAAAGUUGACAAUGAAGUUGUGGCCAGGACCGCCACAGUGUGGAAGAACCUCAGUCCUUUCUGGGGUGAAGAGUACACACUGCACCUCCCGAUGGGCUUCCAUUCGCUCUCCUUUCACGUCAUGGACGAGGACACGAUUGGCCAUGAUGAUGUUAUUGGAAAGAUAACUCUGAGCAAAGAAGCCAUUGGAUCUCAAGCUAAAGGACUGGAUUGCUGGCUGAACCUGACGAAAGUCGACCCCGAUGAAGAAGUCCAGGGAGAGAUCCAUCUGAGCCUGGAGCUGCUGAAAGACACGGAGAAGAUCAGCCUGCGAUGUCAAGUUAUUGAAGCCCGAGACUUGGCUCCAAGAGACAUUUCUGGAACCUCGGAUCCAUUUACAAGAGUUAUUUUCAACAACCACAGUGCAGAGACCUCGAUUAUCAAGAAGACCCGUUUCCCUCACUGGGGAGAGACCCUGGAGCUGGAGUUGGACCCAGAGGAGCUGAGCGAGGAGGGGGCCGUCACUGUGGAGGUGUGGGACUGGGACAUGGUGGGCAAGAAUGACUUUCUGGGAAAGGUGGAGAUCCCUUUUGCUUGUUUGCACAAGACACCGCCGUUAGAGGGCUGGUUUCGUUUGCUUCCCUUGGGAAACAAUGAGGUUGAUGCUGGAGGCAAGCUGGGAGCACUGCGUCUGAAGGUGCGUCUGGUGGAGGAUCGGAUCUUGCCGUCGGUGUAUUAUCAGCCCCUCAUUCACCUUCUGGUGGAGUCAGUCAUCUCCCCUACAGAGGUGGAGGACAGCAGUGCUCUGACCAUGCUGGAGGAGGUGAACACGGUUGAGAGCCGGCAGGAUGUGGCGAUGACCCUGGUGAAGAUCUACCUGGGCCAGGGCCUCGUGGUGCCAUUCCUGGAUUACCUUAACACCCGGGAGGUCAACCACACCACUGAUCCAAACACGUUAUUUCGCUCCAACUCACUUUCCUCCAAAGCCAUGGAACAGUUCAUGAAGGUGCGUCGUCGUAUCUGUUGUUUUAUUGCGGUCGGCAUGCUGUAUCUGCACGAGGUGCUGAAGCCCAUCAUCAACCGCAUCUUUGAUGAGAAGAAGUAUAUCGAGCUGGACCCAUGUAAGAUCGACCUGAACCGCACAAGACGGAUUUCAUUUAAGGGUGCAGUGUCAGAGGCGGAGGUGCGGGACAGCAGUGUGGAGAUGCUGCAGAGCUACUUAACAAGCAUUAUUGAAUCAAUCGUGGGCUCAGUCGAUCAGUGUCCCCCUGUCAUGAGAGUGGCCUUCAAACAGCUCCACAAGAGAGUAGAGGAGCAAUUUGCUGAACCUGAGAACGAGGAUGUGAAGUAUCUGGCCAUCAGUGGGUUCUUUUUCCUGCGUUUCUUUGCUCCUGCAAUCCUCACACCUAAACUGUUCCAGCUGAGGGAUCAGCACGCCGAUACGCGUACGAGCAGAACGCUGCUACUGCUGGCCAAGGCAUUGCAAAGUGUCGGGAACCUGGGCCUUCAGCUGGGUCACGGAAAGGAGCAGUGGAUGGCGCCUCUUCACCCCAUCAUCCUCCGCAGUGUGGCCUCCGUCAAAGACUUCCUGGACAAGUUGAUUGACAUAGAUCAUGACAUUGUGUCUGAGGUGCCACAGAGGGCCGUGUUCAUGCCCUCAGUCACUGUUAAAGAGGGGUUCCUCCACAAACACAAGGCAGAGGGACCCCAACUGCUGUCCCGCUUUGCCGUUAAGAAACGCUACUUCUGGUUGACGAGUGAGACGCUGUCCUACGCCAAGACGCCUGAUUGGCAGGUGCGCUCCUCAAUCCCUAUUCAGUGCGUGUGUGCCGUGGAGAGGGUGGAUGAAAAUGCCUUUCAGCAGCAGAAUGUAAUGCAGGUCAUCACCCAGGACAACGAGGGACAGCUGCACACCAUGUACAUCCAGUGCAAGAAUGUGAAUGAGCUGAACCAGUGGCUGUCGGCGAUCAGGAAAGUCAGCAUCUACAACGAGCGCAUGCUGCCCUCUUUCCACCCGGGGGCUCAUCGCAGUGGCAAGUGGACCUGCUGCCUGCAGGCGGACCGUGCUGUUACAGGCUGCAGUAGAACCCACUCUGCUGUGACUCUGGGGGACUGGAGCGACCCGCUGGACCCCGACGGGGAGACGCAGACCAUAUACAAGCAGCUGCUCCAGGGCAGAGACAAACUCAGGAAAAAAUAUGUGGAGAUGCCAGACGCUGAUCAGACGUCCAGCAGUAAAGAAAAGAUCAACUCUGACGUUCAUCCAGAUGGUGCAGAAUGCAACGUUCAGCUGGUGAAGCCUGGGCAGAGCGUUGCUGCUCGGCUGUUGGCGGUGAUAGAGGAUCUGGAGCAGGCUCACGCCACCUUCCAGCGCAGAGAAAAAGAGGACAGCACCAGUGUCAUUCUGAAUCCCUAGACUCGACACCAACUGGGAUCCAGUACUAAUCCUUGAAGGGGAGGGGGGGGGCAAGCAUCAUGUACCAACACGAGCGAGCAUCCAAUAUUCCCCCUUGUUUGUCAGGGACAAAAAAGUGGCCAGAGGGUGCAACCUCUUCCAGAUUUUUAGUACUUCCUGCUUUUAGUACUUCCCGCUGUAAAGAGCAGAGGGAAUUUAGCCACUUUUAAUCUUUUUGUAUUCUCUGAGUGCCACCGACUUCCACAGCGCCGGGGAGAGAUUAAGAUACUUGACGAUAAAGAGUGGCGGGGGGGGUUUGAAGCAUGUAUGUAGAUAACAAGCAAUCUCUUGCAUGGCCUGCAUCCACUUGUUGUUAAAUGUGAAAAGAAGCUUUUAUAUUUUGAGAUACUGUACAGGACCUAAGUCAGGGUCACACAUUUUUAUGCAAAAAAAAGCUUGUUGUAGUGUAAUCUACAGUACCUGAAUGUAAUGUGUUUUGAUAUUGCUUUUAUCGACGUUUUGUAUUUUAUUGAAGCAAUUUAUCUCCAACGUAGCGGUGACAUUAACGUUAGAGGUCAGACUACCGUGAGUUUAUGAAAUGCCACAGUACAACGCUGCCUGUACAGUGAGCAAAAGUAAUAUUAAUGUUGCUUUGGUCCCUUUACACAAAACAAUGUGCUUUUGUUUGGUGCUAUGGCCAGUCAACUUAAAUGUUUGGUUCUGAUGUACUUUGCAUAUUUAAAAUGUCCUUACACUUGAUGUAGCCACUCCUGAAGUCACAUGUAUAUGAAGUAACAAUAUAAUGUCCACACAUACAACUGAGACAAUAGAAGUAACGAUUACGUGAGAUGAUCCCAUUUGGUGCGACUUCAUUUGGCUCACAGGUGUCAGGAUGUUUGAGAUGCCAAAUUUGUUUUUAAAAAUGUUAUUUUGAAAUCACUCACAUUUUCUCUACAUAUCUGUGAGACACACAGACUGUAUAAGGACAUGUUGUUAAGCCAUUUCCCGUAGAGCGAGUAGUGUCUGUACUGUGUCUUUCCCUUAAACAGGUCAGUGAGUGUGAUAGAGAUCAGAUCCUCGAACAGGCCACCCUGCCACGGGAGCUGUUUUCGUUAUAUUCUGAUACAGCUACUGUAGCGUCCGUCUUUCUUUUAGAGGAAGAACAGUGAAAUAUUUAGGUGUGGAUUCAACUUUAGAUGUAACAUUUUUAGCACACAUGCCAGACAUGACAAUCAAUAUUCUACAUUACAUUAAACUAGAGUAAACAUGAGAUGUUGCUUGUGAACUUGUUGUUCCCCGAAUGAGGGCUUUUAUUCUGAAAAAAGGAAAAACACUACUACCCGUACUUUAUUUUGCAAAUACACCAUGAUGGUUUAUUCCCAGUGGACUGUUACUGUGAACUUAACUGUAUUAUUCAGUAAACUAUUAUUUCCAC